CGAGAGAGCGAGCAAAGCAAGCGUGCUGCGCGUGAGCACAUUCUGGCGUACUCGCAGCGCUCCCUUCUCAUUGCUUGCUGUACCAGCUCAAACUCCGCGCACUGGAGAACAAACUUCACUUAGCGAGAUUCAGCUGGACCUCGCGCUCCUAAACAUGAGGAGCGAACGGAACAUCUGACACAGAGACCCCGGGCGGCAGUUUAAAUCCGGGAGAAGAGAGAGGAGAUCGUAUCUCCACUCGGCGGAUGAUUUGUUUGCAUUGUGCAUUUCUUUCCUCCAUUGCAGAUGUGACGAGUGGAAUGAGCUGCUUUUACACACCGGUGGUUUCACUGCAGCAUGGGAACGGCCGUGUCCAAGAAGAAGAAUUUAAGGAAUGAUGCGAUUUCCUCUGUUGCCGCAAAAGUUCGAGCAGCUCGAGCAUUUGGAGAGUACCUUUCUCACACACACCCUGAGAACCGCAACGGAUCAGAUCACUUGCUAUCUGACACCUUCAUCGGUCAAGACACAGAUUCCCCAGACAUCAGCCGACUGAACAACAAUAACAGCCUCCAGCCAUACUCCCAACACACUCUCACAGUUAAGCCCAUUCAAGAAGAGGUGCAGCCAGGCAGCCAGUCUGCUCCCCUUCCUACCAGUUCCAAGCGUCGCCUCUCCGUAGAGCGCAGCCUUUCUUCUGAGGAGCAGCAUCAUCAGAGGUGUGUAGAGAGCUCUUUAAAGCCAGCACGAGUCUACACCAUUACUAGGGAGCGAGAUAUGCUUGGAGGCCAGGGAAGCAAGGAGAGCCUGGAGCUAGAGGUGCUGAAGAGGACCACAGACCCACCAAGAAGCAGUGCUCCCUCCAGUUUACGUGGGAGCCAUCAUCGAGGAAGCCAUCAACGUGGAAACAACGGCCCUACACACCAGAAUCUCUGCAGCCAUGCACCUCUGACACAGCCUUUGCAGAGCUCAGGAAGCGCCCAUAACAUCCGGGACUGGGGGUCGAGACGGAGCAGGUCGAGGGAGGAUUGUACGCCGGAUUGUGUGGCCUGCAUCCGGCCACACUGCCAGAGCCAGCGCUCUCUAGACCUUGAGACUUCACCUCACAGUGGUGGCAAACAGCACAAGAAGCUGGAGAGGAUGUACAGUGAGGACCGCGUGUCCUCUGAAGAUCGAGAGGAUCACACAAACAGCUGGUUCCCUAAAGAGAACAUGUUCAGCUUCCAGACUGCGACCACCACCAUGCAAGCAAUAUCGGCCUUCCGUGGAAUUGCAGAAAGAAAGAGGAGGAAAAGAGAGCAAGAGGCCACCGCACUGAUGGAGAGAAACUUCCGGAAACACCUGAGGAUGGUGGGCAGCAGGAGGGUGAAGGCCCAGAGUGAGUUGUUUGCAGACGUUUGUGUGACAUUUGCUGAUCGCAAAGCGAAGAGUUUCAGUCGGUCCUGGAGUGACCCCACACCCGUCAAGCCUGACUCUCUCCAUGACUCCAGAGACAGUGGAGACCUCCAGGCAUCGUCUGGCAACCUGGAUGAAGAAGACUGCGAUGAUGUCGACUGGGAAGAAGAGAGAGAAUCAGAAAGAGCAGCUUGUGAGGGCGAUGACUUCAUCCCACCCAAAAUCAUGCUAAUUUCAUCAAAAGUACCAAAGGCCGAAUACGUUCCCAACAUCAUCCGUCGGGACGACCCCUCCAUAAUCCCCAUUCUCUAUGAUCAUGAGCAUGCCACCUUUGAUGAUAUACUAGAGGAGAUUGAAAAGAAACUCACCGCCUACAGAAAAGGCUGCAAAAUCUGGAACAUGCUCAUCUUCUGUCAGGGAGGUCCGGGUCAUCUCUACCUGCUGAAGAACAAAGUGGCCACAUUUGCUAAAGUAGAGAAGGAGGAGGACAUGAUACAGUUCUGGAAAAAACUCGGCAGAUUCAUGAGCUUAUUGAAUCCCGAGCCUAACCUCAUCCACAUUAUGGGCUGCUAUGUGCUCGGCAAUGCGAACGGAGAAAAGCUUUUUCAAAACCUUAAGAGACUGAUGAAACCUCAUGCCAUUGAGUUCAAGUCUCCUCUGGAACUGUCAGCUCAGGGUAAGGAGAUGAUCGAGAUGUACUUCGAUUUCCGCCUCUACCGCUUGUGGAAGAGCCGCCAGCACUCCAAACUUCUCGACUACGAUGACCUUCUGUGACAUUGUGUCGUUGGUUUAAGCAGCCCAAGAGGCAGGUAGCUUUCUUUAGGGCCCACGCGGCAACGUUCCCUCCGAAGAGAGCCUGGGCGGAAAAGCCCUGAGGUUGAAGGAGGAAGAUGAAGUUGAGGAUGAGGAUUGCUGACAUUGAGAAGACGUUCCAAUUCUCCGCCCUUGGAUGUAACGAUGGGAAGCAGCCAUUACUGUUAGGUGCUGUGUCUUCACCUCAUCCAUUUGAGCUUUCGGCUUGAAAGAGAAACAUUCGGUAGAUCUCCGCAGGUCUUAACUUUUAACCUGUGAGAGGUUUAGAAAACAACAUUCGGUUUCUUUGAGAAUUGAAAAAGCUGUGUUAAGAAGGAGGUUAAAAAUAAGAACAAAUUUGUUUUUAGUACUUUUGAGUAGCUGUUUUUGUGGUUAACUAGCAGGAGCAGUGAAACAAGGCCAUUUAACAGUGAAAACGCCUUGAGGUAAUUGUGUUGUUCACUAUUUACAAAUGCAGGAUAAACUGUGGAACUACAUAUCUGUUGUAUGUACAUAUUCACUCAAACUCUAUAAAAUAACUACUGUAAUUUAUCUUUCAGCAUAAUAUUGCACUGUUUUAGUUGUUAAUGGUGUUUUUUUAGGAUUCAUUAGAGGGAAUAUAACUCAGGUUUCAUUCGUUUAACUGGCCUCCCUCUGUACUGUACCAUCUUUAGAUCGAGAGAGAAGAAGAAAGCAAAACUUUUUUUCAGUAGAAAGCUGUUCCGUCUGAGUGGUGUUGAAAUAACACUCACGCAUAGAUGUUUUAGUUUUCUUUAGACUCGUACUUUAUGUGUAAGGAAUGUGUAGACGAAGCUCAUUUUAGAUCGGCAGAUUCUGUCCUUUAGCUUCAAGAAUGUUCGAAAUUUUCUAGCAUCUUAAAAAACAACCACACUAAAUAUGAUUUUAAAACUGAUUCAUUUUGACAGUAAUAUAGACAACGUUACUCAGUUAGUCAGUUUGAGCUCAGAUCGUGACAUGUUUGCGUAUUUGUCUGUUUGUCAUAUGCGUCUGUAAGUAUUUGACGUGAUGUCAAGCUCUGUUUUGUGGUGUGUUUUCUUUGUAGGUAGAGGAUAACUGAUCAUUUUCCAAUUCUGAUAAGUCAAAGUGCAAUUGUAUCUGCAAUAUUUCUCUUUAAGUGUUACUGUGAACCCGUUUUGAAUAUCAAGGUUAGGUUUUUUUCAUAGUAUACAGGAUAGUACAUUUAGUCUUUAAAGUGGUUCUCUGUGGAGGAAAAUGUUCACGAAUCACUCUAGUUGGUGCGUGGGAGUGUUUUGGAUGCACCAAACAGAUAAAACAGUAGAUAGUUGUAAUCUUUAAUCAUCACGAGUGGAUGUUCGAGUGCAAAACAGCAGCAGCUGGUGCAAUAGACAGUCCAAAGCAUUUCGUGAAAAGCUGCCAGAUAGAAAAAGUGCAAUGUGGUUAGUCUUUCUGGGGUAACAAUGCAAAAAUGAGAAGGCAUUGCAAUAUUUAGUUGAAGCAAAUAGGAAAAAGAUCCCUAACGUUGCUAUAUUUAGAGCAUAAGAGCUGUUAUGAGAGCAUAUAUAUCCUAUCUGUUUGUGAGUGUGUUUUAGCUUUAGAGAUGCGAACGGGGCACUGAGAUGUGAAGGAUGCAUCUGUGUUUGCCUAGUACGCCAUCUUUUCAUCUCUGACCACUCAUGCAGACGCCCUGAAAAUCAAAUAAAGCACAAAAUCUCCGUAUCUGUAGGGCCAUCAGGGAACGAGUAUUUGUUCUGAUUAGAUCAAAUCAAAACAGCCCGACCUCUUCUUCUACUGUUCAGACGAUUGCAUGUCCACAUAUGACUUUGUAUUUUGCUAUCCAAGCUCAUCUAAACUCAUGUAAUCUUAUUUCUGCCGAAGCUGUUGUAUGCUAAAAUGGUUGUAAAAUUGCUAGGUGUGGAUAUGAUCCAUUGGUGUAAUAGAACAUAGCGUUUGAUUUCUUGUGUGUUGUCACUGAUUGAGCCAAUGGCACAUGAGAACCAUAAGGACUCAGUGAGAGCUCUGAGGAUCAUGGAGCCAUCUGGAUUGGCGGAAAGGUCUUUGGCACGUUAGGUGUGAAGACCCCCCUACUUUUGCAAUAAGAUGUUUAUUGUAUGCCGUAUGGCCUGGUGUUGAUCGUGUCAUGCAUCAGAAAGUCAUUUCAUAUAUUCAUUGUUAUGCGUCAUGUUUUAGGAAAUGAAAGCUGGUGGAAACAUGCAUGCGUGUCACAUUCCCAACUAAACCAUUUUUGUGCAUCCCUCCAGACUACUUUCUGUAGCAAUACACAUUGUAACAUGAGCUGCUUUGUUUCUAGGUCACACUGUACUGCUUCUAGAACGCUGCUGUUUGAGUACCUUUGUAUGCUGUUUAUGUUUCCAGCAGCAUCCGUUUUAUUUUUACCAUGAGCACUGGCUUUGCAGCGCAUUGGAGAGAGACAUAUGAUAUGUCAUUGAGCUUCGGCCAAUAAUAUUUGAAGGCUUCAGGCAGUAUCUCUCUGUUGACUGUACAAAUUACAGUCUGUAAAUGAUUUAUGAUCUCGAGAUCAAGCAGUUAAACUAAAUAAGAGCGAUGCUAAUUCAAUUAUUAAUAAUUGGUAAUCUUUGAAAUCGAUAAGGCACUAAUAUGCAUGAUAGUUAGUUCCCUUUGAAGUUUGUAAAGCAAACCUGAAAUCCUGAUAUGUUGAUAUUUAAAAAGAAACAUUUACAGAAUGUUCAAAUGGUUCUGGUAUGUUUUUGAUGUGUUACCUGCUUGGGAAUAGAAAAUGUCUUCAGGAACCUGAUUAUUACACCACGAUGUCAGGACUGUUACACUGCUUCAUAUGUAACUUUUUUCCAGUCUUUAAAAACUGAAUAUUUAAGUUGAUGUUAUAUUAUUAUUGUCCUGUGUCUCUGAGCUGGCGUCCUGCUGUUUUAUAUGGCGUGGUUGAUUGGGUUAAAUGCUGAAUGAUUGAUAGCAUCAUGAUUGCACUGUUAGACUCCUCGGCUCAUGGCGUUUUUAAGAGAAAUAUGUUUUUGCACACUUUGAGUGUGUCUUUCUCAUUUCUGCAAAGCCUAACGGGUGAAACGAAUCACUUUUAAGCAUUGUCAGUAGCAAUGAUAAUACUUUUAAUAGCCUAUAUUACAAAAUCUAGAAAGUCUUAAAGAGUGAUGACAGUAAACAUAUAUGGUUUUCUUAGUCUGGCAACAUUGCCAUUACAUACAGUAUGACAUUAUAGUAUUAGUUCAGUUAAAUGAUUAAUAUUUCUUAAGCAAAUUAGCUCAUCUUGUUGAUUUGCUAUUUUAAAAGACCGAGCAUAAGCUCCUAGUUUCUAUCUCUUUAGCUCGGUGUUCACAGUAUUUACUAUGAGACGUAUAAACUGUUUGUUUUUCCUUGUACAACCUCCACAGCAAUGAACACUGGAAAUGUUUCCUAACCUGUUUUACAGUAAAAUGUACCCAGUUUUAAGUGGA